UCACUUUCCAGCAAGGCAGUCAGGUGACGUCACGUAGACAUGGCCGCACGCAGAGCAGAGCUGUUGGUAAACAAUCAGAUGAACUCGGUUUGAAGCCAGUAAAGUGCACCGUUCCGGAAAAUUCCUCACAUGACAUGACCCUGAAAUCUGCCGUACUAAAGGUCAACAGCGGGGGCGUAUCAAGAAACGUUUUCGUUAGCAAUUAUAAAUUAGCUGUUAAAAUCUGGACGUGUUGGCUUCUUCCCUGUUCGAGCUGCUCCUCAAAACAUACCAGCCACGAUGAGUACAGCUUGAAGUACAUGAGCAACCUUAUGGGCAGCAGGAGGCAGAAAUCAGUGGAUGGCGGCGAGCAGAGUCUCAUUGUGCCUCCAUCUGGGGACUCUGGUGGGGAUCUCCUGGACAAAGAUGCCUCCACAUCGGGGUUCGUCUAUAUGUUGGCGUUUUUCUCUGCCCUGGGAGGAUUUCUCUUUGGGUAUGACACUGGGGUGGUCUCCGGGGCUAUGCUGCUCCUGAAGAAGGAGAUGAACCUGAACAAUCUGUGGCAGGAGCUGCUUGUGUCCAGUACUGUUGGGGCUGCAGCGCUCUCUGCCCUGAGCGGAGGCUUCUUGAAUGGGUGGCUGGGGCGCAGGAUUUGCAUCAUUUUCUCCAGUUUCAUCUUCAGCGUCGGAGGCAUCAUCAUGGGUUUUGCACCGGACAAGGUGUUGCUUCUUGUGGGCAGAAUCACAGUUGGUUUGGGAAUAGGCAUUGCCUCUAUGACAGUACCUGUAUACCUCGCAGAAGUUUCCCCUCCUCAUCAGAGAGGUCUGCUGGUCACUAUCAACUCCCUCUUCAUCACUGGUGGCCAGUUUAUUGCCAGUGUGGUCGACGGAGCUUUCAGCUACCUGAGCCAUGAUGGCUGGAGGUACAUGUUGGGUUUGUCCGUUGUCCCAGCAGUGCUGCAGUUCAUUGGCUUCUUCUUCCUGCCAGAAAGCCCCCGUUGGCUUCUCCAAAAGGGCCGGAACCAAGAGGCCCGACAAGUUCUCAGCCAGAUCAGAGGAGGCCAGAGCGUUGAUGAAGAGUACGACAUUAUCAAAACUAGCAUUGAGGAAGAGGAGAAAGGGGCGAGUGCAGGAGUUGUUAUCUUGCGGAUCCUUCGCCACGGUCCGACUCGCAGGGCACUCUUCGUUGGCUGCGGCCUCCAGAUGUUUCAGCAGCUGGCUGGGAUAAACACCGUCAUGUACUACAGUGCAACCAUUCUGCAGAUGGCAGGGGUGCGGGAUGAUAAACAGGCAAUCUGGUUGGCUGCUGGAACUUCUGCUACCAACUUUGUGUUCACCUUGGUUGGAGUGUGGCUUGUCGAAAGAGUGGGCCGCAGGAAGCUGAUCCUGGGCAGUCUAUUAGGUACUGCAUUGAGUCUGACUUUGCUGGCAGUCGGGUUCUUGUUAUCUGCCCAGAAUUCUCCACCAAUCACCCUCCACCCAGUUGACUCUCAGAACUCAACCUGCAGACUAUACGGGUUCUGUGAAUUAUGCAUGCUGGAUCCGGAUUGUGGAUUUUGUUAUCGUGAAAACAGCACCAGUGUAUACGACUCCUCCUGCGUUCCUGUCGAUCAAACGUCUACUGAUCACGCCGCCUGGGGAAGGUGUUUCAACCGUACGGAGACAGCUGACAGCCCAAUCUGGGCCUACAACUUCUGUCCAACUUCCUACUCCUGGAUUGUCCUGCUGGGCCUCGUCCUGUACCUUGCAUUCUUUGCUCCAGGUAUGGGCCCCAUGCCUUGGACAGUGAACUCAGAGAUCUACCCACUGUGGGCCCGAAGCACUGGCAACGCCUGUUCAGCUGGCGUCAACUGGAUCUUCAACGUCCUGGUGUCUCUGACCUUCCUUCAUGUCGCUGAGUUUCUCACCUAUUACGGGGCGUUCUUCAUGUACACGGGCCUGGUGGUGUUGGGUCUCCUCUUCGUCCAGGGCUGCCUCCCAGAGACCCAGGGCCUCCAGCUGGAAGAGAUCGAGACAUUGUUUACCGGUCAGCUCUGCUCCUGCGGAGCCACCUCACCCAAUGACAAACGCCACAUCCACUACAUCCGGGUAAAAGGCAGCAACUGCCUACAUUCUGACAACGAUGCCUCUGAUGUAGAGUAGACUGGAUUUUCUCUUUCAACUGUCCUUUGGUUUGCUGAUGUGGGGAGGAAGAGUAAUCAUGUUUCCCUCUGGUCAGUGUGAUCAUAUAUGAACAAACUAGACUUAAGCUCUUCGGUGAUUGACUAUAACUGGCGGUGUCACCUCACUCAGGAGUCUGUCAAUCAUUUCUGUUUUUUUCCAUCUGCCUUUGUCUCACCUGGGAGUGCAUUUUUCUCGUUCCCCGUCAUUACCUCUGUUAUGCAAGUGAACAUUGGAGCAAGAUUUUCCAGGAUUAUGGUGAGCAGCGUUCACAGUGUUGCUAGGAUAAUUAAUAUCCCAGGGAAGAUAUAGUAUGUCAGUAAAGAAAUGUCGCAAAUCUGAAACUCAAACAGAUUCUUGUGUGACAGAUGGCUCAUCAGCAUUUUAUGCACAUGAACUUUGACGUAUGAUUUUUGUUUUUCCAGAAACAAGUCUUUGUUCAGUUGCUGACUCACCAUUUCCUCAGCCUUUCUGUAACAUCAAGACAAUUUUCAAAUAGUGUGAAGAACUGUUGGUUCACUCCAAGUAUCUGUCUUUUGUAGGAACACUCAUACUUCAUAAUUGAUAUACCAACAUGAAUGUGUUAAUGAGCUGGUUUCGAACACUGUCGUAAAUUUCUGUCUUAUUUGGACAUUUGCAUAACUGUAGAUUCUGUAAAACUCUUUCAUCAAUUUAUUAUGCAAACCUUCCUUCAUGGCUUUGUGUAAAUGCAGUGUUUGCAGUUAAGUAGAUGUGCUAUAUAUUGUGUAUGUACUGCCUCAAAGACGAAGUUCUGUAAGAACAAAAAGCUAUGAAACAACAAAAUAAGCAAAGUUAGCUAUGUUGUAAGGCAGUCUAGCAGGCUUUAAGGGGUCAGUUGAACCAAAUUACAAAACUAAUUAGGACUGAAACGAACAUUUUCUUUAUGAUAAGUUAAUUUGCAAUUAAUCUUGAUGAACUAAUUGAAAUUUCUGUCUGUUACAUGUCAGCAAGUAGUGAAAAAAAUGCCCAUUAUACUUUUCCAGAGCCCAAAGAUUGCUUGUUUUAUCCAGCAAAUAUUCAGUUCACUAUUGUUGAAAGAAAUCCUCACAAAUAAAAUCAUCACACUUUGAUGUGAAAUACUGUUCAUCGUUCUUGAAAAACUAAAAAAGUAAUUAUUCAAUUCUCCAUUGUGCUUGGGUGGAGGCAGACAUCUCAACUCAUUUAGUCUUAUUUGGACAUUUGCAUAACUGUAGAUUCUGUAAAACUCUUUCAAAACUCAUUCCUGUUCAUGUCACUAACAUGGGUUUAAUGUGGUGCUGGUGUAAAACAAAAUUCUUGUUGUGGGUUGCUGCUAUUGUCUGCACAAUGGGAGAAAGAAAAAAAUGGAAUUUUUAUAUGUCAGAUUGCCAGAGCGAGUUGCUUAAAAUGUUCAAUUUUCUAGCAAGGUCCGGAAUUCAGCUCAGCAGACUAUGGAGCGGUGGGGUAUGACGGUGCUAUAGCUUAUAUAACUCUCAGAUAACGGUGACCUAGUAGCCAUGAACAACAUUAAACAGAGCACCUUUGUACAGUACGUCCGGUUUGCACUAGCAUACUUUGAUAUAUGCCAUUUAGCUUUUUAGUGGCCCACUGAAAACUGUACAUGAUUUCUUAAAGUGUGUCUUUUAAAUGUUUUCUUUAAUAACAAUCUUUAUUUUGUUUCUUGUAAUGUAGGACUCCUACAAACAUCUGGGAAUUUCUAAACAGUCAUUUUCUGAUGACUGAAACGUUUGGAAAUUGCACAAAAACCUACAUAUUUGAAAUGUUCAAUAUUUAUAAGUACACAUUUUGUGGUUACAGAUCUGUAAUCCUAUAUCAUAAUGUAAUUUUUGUUGUGAAAACACAGUAUGAUAGCAAUGAUAUUAACCAGCCACUGUUCAUGUAAAUCACUAGCCUGUGUGAGAAAUUCAAAAGGGAACAACUAAUGUACUUUGUGUUGGAAAAUGUACAGAUAUUCUAAAUACCGACACUGCUACUUUGGAUAACAGACUUAAUUUAUUGUCGGUGGACAACGAGUGUAUUGAGCAGGAUGUUUGGAAAAAAAAACAACAUUUUCUAGGCCAUAGCUCAGUGUAAUUCAGUGACAUUCUAUGUCUCAUGCUCUGUUCUUCAGUAUGAUCUCUAGGAAAUAAAUGUACACACAUUGAAGCAAUUUGGUUCAUUGAAACAUUGUGCCUGUCUGUAUUUAUUAUGCAAACCUUCCUUCAUGGCUUUGUGUAAAUGCAGUGUUUGCAGUUAAGUAGAUGUGCUAUAUAUUGUGUAUGUACUGCCUCAAAGACGAAUUUCUGUAAGAACAAAAAGCUAUGAAACAACAAAAUAAGCAAAGUUAGCUAUGUUGUAAGGCAGUCUAGCAGGCUUUAAGGGGUCAGUUGAACCAAAUUACAAAACUAAUUAGGACUGAAACGAACAUUUUCUUUAUGAUAAGUUAAUUUGCAAUUAAUCUUGAUGAACUAAUUGAAAUUUCUGUCUGUUACAUGUCAGCAAGUAGUGAAAAAAAUGCCCAUUAUACUUUUCCAGAGCCCAAAGAUUGCUUGUUUUAUCCAGCAAAUAUUCAGUUCACUAUUGUUGAAAGAAAUCCUCACAAAUAAAAUCAUCACACUUUGAUGUGAAA